AUAAUAAUAAUAAUAAUAAUAAAACGUAUUUGCUCUUUUUAAUUAUAGUAUAGUUCAUUAUGUUAAUUAUCAGUUAACAUUAUGCCUUAGCCUAUUCAGAAAAGGCACCGAAUACAAGAAAUGAGCCGGUUAAACGCAGCAAAAAAACCAAAACAAACAAUACAGACAUAUCCUCUCUUUCGAGUCCACCCCAUCAUUUUUCUCUCUUAUAAAGUGUAAAAGUUCAUUGAGUUAGUCUGUGACCGCCAGCACUCGUUCUGCUUUUCCCAUGUUCACCUGUUGCGAGGCUCGUGCACUAUACUCGCGAUGUUUUGAAGGCCGCCUGUAGGUGGAGUCAGGAAAACAUCUGGUGAUCCGCGCGCUCUCUGUCGACACGUCCAAUCUAAUCCGCCGCACCGGACACCAAGCGCAAGGCGUCAGGGACAAGAGCCCGACGCCUCCGAGACGAGUUAACCUCUUCGGCUGCGAGUGUGACAUCAGAAAGCCUACGGUCUAUAUGAACGCCCCAUAUAGUGUAUAGACCGACUGGGAGGCAACCUCGGAGUGCACCAAAUGAAGACAUGAAUAAGAAGGGAUGAAGUCAUCUCCUGCGCUUUAUGGCCAGCAAACAUCACCGAUGAAUGCAGUGAUCGAUCAACCCACCGCUCAAGAGGCCUCGAUGGUGGAGGAAUCGGUCUCGCUUGCUUUCGGCCGUAUGCGUAGAAUGUCGCGGGAGAGGUGUGGAAAGAGGCAGGUUGAGAUCUAUUAGUACAGACAGAUCGAUUGAUCAUUCAGCUCAGCUGUUUUGCCCAUCAGUGCAGUGCCUGGUUAAUAUUGCCCAACGGACCACUGGCAUCGGGCUAUGGGCGCACAGUACAGAACGCGGCGUUGCAAGCGUUUGUUUGAUGAAUAAAUGACAUUGGCGUCUCUCUCGCGUAUCAUGCUGGUGGACCCUCCGCCGUCACGCGCAGCGCUUCGGCUCCUGGAAAUAAACUGAAAUACGGUGCAAUGUGUUCGUUUUGGAAAUUCAAUAAGGUGCGCAAUAAAACACCGUGUGAGAGCCGCGGAGCAUUGGACAGGGUCGCAAUCCACGCCGUGGCCUGUGUGUGAAACGCGCCGGAGAAUGGAGAAGUUCCUGCAGAUAGCGCCCCAUUCCCUGGCCAUAGUGCUGUCGCGGGUCAGCACGGAGGAAGCAGCCGCGGUCACGGAGAAGCUUCAGCACCAUCACACCGGCUAUGAGAUAUUCGCCGACUUCAAAGCGGAGAACAUGCAGCACUUCUGGAAUAAGAAAGUCACGGACGCCAUAUCGGAGACCUUCUUCUUGGGCUGGAUAGAUGAACAUGUUCUGCUCAUUCAAGGCAAGGAGGAUCAUUUGGAGGUCCUGAGGGAAGGAUGGACACGGAGGGCCCUCAAACCACCGCGGGGCUUCGAGAUCAAGUGCAUAGGCGAUGUAUCUCCAAUCAGUAUGUCACCCAUCAGUCAGUCUCAGUUUAUCCCACUGGGAGAGAUUCUGUGUCUGGCCAUCUCAGCCAUGAACUCUGCCCGCAAGCCUGUCACACAAGAUGCGCUGAUGGAGCACCUUGCCACCUGCUUCCCGGGUGUACCCACUCCGAGUCCAGAGAUCCUGCGGCACACACUGAACAUGUUGGUACGGGAGAGGAAGAUCUACCCCACACCAGAAGGUUACUUCAUUGUUACUCCACAGACCUACUUCAUCACCCCGUCCCUCAUCCGCACCAACAGCAAGUGGUACCACCUGGACGAGCGGCAUCCAGAGCGGCAGCAGCAGCAGCAACAACAACAACAACAACAGCAACAGCAACAACAGCAACAGCCGCCACCUCAACAGCAAUGCACAUCACCACAAUCUGGAACUAUCACUCCCUCCACCUCUGGCUGUGUACGAGAAAGGCCUAAUCCUAAGAACCACUGCGACUCCUACAAUGCCUACCGCGAUGAGGUGCCCAGCAUUCAUACCUCCACAAUUCAAAGGAAAUCCCCAAAAGAACCCAAAGGAGAUCCCCCUUCAUACCCACAACCCCCACCUCCUCCACCUGCCAUUCAGCACCCACCUGACCCAACCGACAAGAACAAGAGCAUGACCGCCACCUUCUCUUACAAGACAGACACGCUAACCAAGAAGAAGGAGGGCAGUGGUGGGGGCAGCAGUGAGAGGCAGUCUAAGAAGUUUGGGCUGAAGCUGUUCCGCUUGAGCUUCAAAAAGGACAAGACCAAACACCUGGCCACCUUUUCAGCACAGUUUCCUCCAGAGGAGUGGCCCUUGAGGGACGAGGACACACCGUCGGCCGCAGCGAUCCCUCGUGAGGUGGAGAUGGAGAUCAUCCGCCGCAUCAACCCAGACCUGACAGUGGAGAACGUGGCCCGUCACACAGCUGUCAUGAAGCGGCUGGAAGAGGAACGAGCUCAGCGCUGCAAGGCCAGCUCAUCCGCACAGCACAGUGCCCGCAGUCGCCGUAGCCGAGGUCACCGGCGUGUGCCACACGGGAAGUCGCGUUCGCACAGCAAGACGCGAGCUUCUCGGGGAGACCCCUCAGAGGGCUCCAAUCUGGACCUGCCAGCAGUCAGCCUGGAGAGGGACUACCGUUUUUUCAGCCAUUCUCUGGUACGCUCGCCAAGAGAGGGAAUGUACACGAUGGAACGCAGAAGCGGUGGUGCCUAUCUUGUCCACAGCAACCCCAACAUUGCUGAGUCGCACUUUCCUGUCACCCCAGAGUGGGAUGUUUCAGGGGAGCUUGCAAAGAGGCGGACAGAGAUGCCUUUCCCUGAGCCUUCACGUGGGACAUCACAUUCUAGAGUGCACCGGAGCCACAGCCACACUCAGGACCGCAAGUCACGCAACGAGCGGCCCGAUAAGGCUAAAGAGCGAUCGCGUUCUAUGGACAACUCCAAGGGCCCGCUGGGAGGUGGGAGCUCCACGCUUGGCACGGCUGAGGAUUACGACCGCAGUCCCGAUGACAGAAGCCGCUACUAUACCGACGAUGGGACGCUGAGGGCCUCCUCUCAAAAGGCCCCGCACUACUCAUGCAUCAUGUUUUCUGCUGCCAAGUUUAGCUCUGAAAUGUCUGUACUUGAUAUGGGCAAAAUGAGUUUGGAUGAAUCGAGGCUCUGUAGCCCUCUAGAACGGAACAAGAGCAGGGACAGCCUCCCAGCCUAUAGUGACCUAAAGGCCCUGUCGCCAAAGCCUUUGGCUGAUGACUACUUUCAGUGCAAUACAUCGAAUGAAACAAUCCUUACUGCCCCGCUGCCUCUGGGCAAAUCUGACCAUGACACUUUAACCCCAUCUGACGGAAUCCGCAAGGGCUCUCCAGCUGACCGGCAGACACCGCACCUCACCUCUCCUCACCCCUUGGAGUACAAAGAGGACUCCUCCACCAAGGGGCACAACGGUUCUGGCAAACCCACACCGAGCCAGACCCCUGAGCCUAUGCCCAAUGGACGUUUGAUACAGCACCAACACAACACUGACCCAGGGGGCGGGGGAGGUGGUGGUAGCACUGGUGGCGGGGUGGACAAGAGGAAAGAGAUUUUCAGUAAGGACACUUUGUUCAAACCGCCACACAAUGUUUUGACUGUGAGCUAUGUGGACAGUGGCUACUCAAAGUCAGGCACUUUGCGUAAGACUCCGCACAUGAAAUCAUCCGAGGUCCUUGACACUCUGGAGACCCAACAGCCACCUAACUCCACCCCUUUGUCUGCUUCUGCCCCAGCACCUACAGGCACAGAUCAGGGUGCUCCCUCCACAUCUGAAGCUGCUUUUGACUAUUACAACGUGUCAGAUGAUGACGAUGAGGAGGAGGGAGAGGAGGCCUCCCAUAAAGAGGCGGCCCCGACAGAAACAAAGGGGCGGGCAGGGGCCGGAGAUAGUGGCGGAGGUGGUGGGACCAUGCAGUGGUUGCUAGAACGGGAGAAAGAGCGGGAUUUACAGCGGAAGUUUGAGAACAACUUGACUCUGCUUAGCCCUAAGGAGAGCGAGAAUAAUAACAGCCAAAAGACGGCUCACUCGGCACGGCUGGACAGCAUGGACAGCAGUAGUGUGACUGUAGACAGUGGGUUUAACUCCCCUCGCACACGGGAGAGUCUGGCGUCCAACACCUCAAGCAUUGUGGAGAGUAACCGGCGACAGAAUCCGGCCCUGAGUCCAGGCCACAUGGGUACCACCAGCAUCGGCCCCCCAUUCAGCUUCCGUGCAAUCCCAGAGCCCCCUACCACGCAACCUGAGAAACUGCAGAAAUCCCCCAACUGCCUUGCCUCCAUCACCAGCGUCUGACAUGGGCCCAUCUGGGUUGACGUAGGGUCAGGGUGAUCUGCAAUGUUGGGGUGCCUAAGUGCAGGAGGUUGGGUGACUCCCUCCAUCAAGCACCUCGACUACAUGGGGACUGUUAAACCCACAGGCAUGGCUUCCAGAGACUGUUCCCACAGCAUCAAAGGUCACUGCAAAAAAAGAGAAAAAGGGAAAAAAUGGAAAAGGAAAUUUCUCAUCAUAGGAUUUACCUUGACAAGCAAUUAAUCAGGAAAUUCUGCAGUCGGAAUCAACCGUUAUUUUCAAAAUAGGCUUGAAGUAACUGGUAAUUUAACGUUUCAUUUUCAAGAGUAUAUUUUGUCAAUCACAGAUUAGAGAUCAUCCAGCCAAUGGAUUAAGUUUGCACGCAUUAAGAAAUAGAUGCUGAUGUGCAGGUCAAAGGUAUUAAAGAUUUGUGAUAUUGGUAUGCAGUACAAGUUUAAAAAAUGAGGCAUAAAAGCUCUCAUCUAAGCAACAUUUAAUUCAUGAUUCAUAAAGCUGUAUAAUAUUCCUAAAAAUAAACUCAUUUGUCAUGACACUGUUAGCUGCAUUGGUGAAACAAUAAGAAUCAUACUCAUAUGCUUAUUAAAACAAGUACAUAGACUGAAUUAGUGGAAAAAAAUGAUCUCGUUCUGAAAUUAAAGGAUUAUUAUUUCUUUUUUUAGAAAAAGGACUAUUGAUUUUUUUUUUUUUUUUUUUUUUUACCCAAACUUAUUGCGCAUACAAUUACUUUGUAUGCAACUUUACACUACGUAAUGGAUUUACCUGUUUCAUUAAAGUUCAUAUUUAAUCUCAGGUCAUGAACAGUUAACUCUCCUAAGAAGAGGUAAAGCAUAAGUUAGUCUGUUAUCAUGUUUCUGUAGAUCGUUUCACCGGUCUUUGUUUCUUAAGGGAAUAAAACACAAUCUCGGUAGGCAAAAAUAUAAAUGAUUUCAAUUUAAUUUCUGUCUAAGUUUAAUUCAGAUAUAGAUUAUUUUUAUUAUGUUCAUUCCCUUUCGAAAUAAAACAGGUGUUUGUUUUGCGCCAGUGUGAAUCCGAUACCAAGUCUCAUGAACCAGGACACUUGUGGAUGUCAUUGUUGGUUUGGAAACAUGCUUGUCUUCUGUGUAGCUUGAUGGCUCUGUUUGUUGUCACGAAAGGAGGAAGAUGUUGGAAAUCACAAUGGCGGGAACACGGGUGUUGUGUCCAAAACAUCCAAAACACUCCAAGGAAAGGUCAUACAGUUCUCUUCCUUUGGGCCAGUGGGAUUCAGAGACUCGGCCCUUUUGCUGCUCUGAUAAGACCUUUAUUUUGAAAAAAAUUCUUACUUGAGUUGAAUCCAGACCACUAUGGUGUUUUAUUUUCAACAUUUUUUUGUUUGUUUUGUUGUUUUCCUUGGGGAUUGAGCUGGUUUUGAUCGUUACUCGAGCCAUGUCCCUGGCCUAAAUGCAAAAUAUGGUCAGCAAAUGACAUGGUUAAAAAUUUUGCCACAGCCAACACAUGAUAUGUAUAUUUACAAUAUUCUCAACCUUUUCAUGAUUUCAAUAAAUGCUUCUUUUAGGUUGGAACAACUGAUUCAGUGAAAGUAUGUACAAAAAAUUUGCUCCACUGUUAUUUAUCAUUCCUCUCAAAUGUCAGAGAUGAACAUAGAUUACAUUAGAUUUGGACCUGCCUGUGUUAUAUACAGUAAGGCUCCGAUCCAUUAGCAAAGGCCCCUUUUCCAAGAUUGAAUUAAACAUUAAAAUACUUGCUUUGAACAUUUGGACUAUGGCUUUAACUGUUUGGCGUGCCAUCUCAAUGCACCAGAACCAACGGUCGUGUCCCUUCUGGCAGUGACUCGUGAGAUUUGGGAAAAAGAGCAGAGCUCAUGUCACAUCCAUUGGUGCUAUUAUGUGGUGAUCCUCCCUUUUUAACUUUUAUUUGCUUCUUUUCCCAUACCCUCCGCAGUUUCAUUGCUUUAUGAUAAGUGUUCAGAUGGAUAUCCUCCUGUGGGACUUCUUGUUAACCACUUUCAGCUCAGUCCCUCUCACUCGACUAUUAUCCACACACACACACACACACACACACACACACACACACACACAGACAGACACACCUGCAAUCAGCCAUGCAAACUACCCUAAACCCCACAUACAUGCACAUAACUAGCUACCUCCACCACCUGUGUAACAACAAGGUAGGGACGUGUACAGAUUUGGAUUCUUUGCCUGUGGAACACAGCGCUAUCAGCCUCUUCUCUGUGAAUGUUGACAAGGAGCGGCGGACAUUGUAACUAAGAGGACUUAUUCUAAAGUAAUCAGUAUUAAGUGCUGUAGUUUCAACUCAAUUUUUCUCAGUUUUUGACAGAAGUGUCUUUUACUUAUUUGCAAGUUGUGUAUAAAUCUGUCUAGCACCACAUCUACAAAACAUUCCCAAUUUUGUUUUCCCUCCGAUUUGUGUAAGAAGCCAUUUUCAGUUCUCUGCUGCCCCCUUUACAUAAAUAUUUGUUUAUCUGCUUCAUGAUUUCAAGCCCAGUGAGUAACUCUAUUCAACUCUGGUUUGUUGAAAAUGCAUCUAGACGGAAAUCAAGGGACUACAUUCUAUAGUAUAAACAAGCACCUCAACAGAUACAAUAUAUUAAAAUGAAUCAUGUCAGGUAUCCUCCAAUCUGAAAUGUUUAGCCCAAAUCAAAACUUGUUCAUCUGCUUUUGGCAAUUGGCAAUACUGGUUACAACAGUAUUGUUUUCAGUUUCCCACCUAAUAUUUGAGAGGUCAGUGGUUAGGGUCCAAACAGCCUCUUAGACCCUGUAGUUGGAGGUGGGAUGAAGAUUGUGGAAAGACAGGAGCCUCAUAUAUUAAAUGGUAAUUUUAUAUCAUUGCUAGACAUCAUAGAUGUACAUCAGAGAGCCACAUUAGACAGAACAAGCACCUCAUAACGUCAGCUCUAUAAAUAGAUUCUUUCUCAAAACAUUUCAACAGAACUUUACUUAAAACAAUGAUUUAAGUCCAGAAGUAUAUUUCAGUUUAGUGACGAAUACACCUCUGCAGAACUUUAAUCACUUUUGAAUGGUUUCUAAUGGACAUUAAUACAAACACAUGACCUCCUUUACUUGGCAAGGCUUUGUCAGAGGAUGCAUUUUGGGUAUGUGUCACAUUUUGUGAAAUUUAGUUUUAAUUUCAAACCCCUCCUUCAUCUGGUAAUCUUUUUUUUCCCUUUUUUUUAUCACGUUAGUUUUUGAUAGACAAAAGGGAGUAAUGCAGCCAAGACUGCCUUGUAAAAAACAUGUUUGCACUGAAAUGCCUGGCCUCUGGUUGCUGUUAAGUCCAUCCAAGACGGAUGCUUUGUUUAUAUUGUAAAAUAUUUCAUAUGAAAUAAAAAUGACCAUGAAAUGUCUUCCCUUAACAUUAUGGAUUUUAGAACCACGUCAGACAACAUUGUUUCUAAAUGGUGACAGUGUACAGUAUCAUACUGUAAAUGAAAUCAAUCUGCCAUGCUUAGUAUAACUUCAAAAGAAAACUGAAAGAUAUGAGGGAUCUUUUUGUAAUGUCUAUAAUAUUUGAAAAGAAGUCCCUAUUUGUGUAGUAAUGGUGUUUCAUCGUUGUGGUAGUGUAUGUGAUAAACCCAGUUGGGAGAUUGUGUUACUUUUUCAGACAAUAAAAUAACAUGUUUGGUUA